AGACAGCAUUGUUUUAGCACGCUAGGGCGUUUUUUUUUGUUCCAUUUGUCUCCCUUUAUCCCCAGUUAUCGGUCGCAAAAACAUGAAGCAGCCACACUUUUAACGUGUUCGGUUCAGUUCACUGACAUCGAGGAGGAAAACAGAAUCCAGUGUUUAGCCGGAUCCCACGCCCUGGUUCUCUGCGUAACACAUCGCGAGCAGAUGAGAUUCUUCUGUACACCCGCCGCCACACGCGUUUAAUUGUCGAAAUUUGCAAAUACAAUGCAACAUUGAAUCAAUGCUAAUACAAGAGUAAUUUUCUUAUAGUCGGAAUUGUAGCCUUCCGUCGUUGCCAAACCAGGAAAUAGACGAAGCCUAAGCCCCGUUAUUUCAAACCGAGCUUGUUAUGAAGCUGUUACUAUCGUGUCAGUGAUGCUAUAUACUGUGCAAUACUGUUACAUUUUUGCUUGUGAAUAUCCGUGUUAUUCCGAAACAUUCGUCUUGCGUUUACACUGUGGCCGCUCGUUGCUGUAAACUGGGGCUUUUAAAUGAAUAAAUAAUGCUAAUGCUGCUCCUGUUUCACAAUGUAAAGCUGUAGCUGCGUUAGCGCCACCGCACCGCGAUGAAAGUCCUCAAAACACAGCCGCUGGCCUUCGGUCAAAUACCGAAAGGCUGCUCUUGUGACAUAAUAGUCAAACGUAGUAGAGUGGAGUGGAAAGUCGGGUGACUUGAUUCGAUAGAUACGCUGAAUUGAUAGUCAGUUACUAGUGAGAGACGUCAGUGGAAACUGGAGAAACCCGCCUGAUGGACUGGGAAUUCAAUGUUUCCAUGCGGUUGUGUCGAGCUCUGACUCUAAAGAAGGUGAUGCAUUUGUUUUUAGGUCAAACCGUGACUUGGAUAGACUUGAUGUGAGUAAUACUUGUUUUAUUAACAGAUCAAUAUCAGGAUGUUGACAUACUGCAUGAUGGGGGCCAAACUGUCUCUAGUACUGUUAAAAGAAUAAAUAUGUAAUACCAUUGCGUAGUUACCCAUCCUUCUUUUUUAAAGCAUCAUUUCGUUGGCCUCUGUGUCUCCUUCAGCAAGGAAACUUCACGGACCUAACACCCAAAAUUGAUCCCAGCGUCACAUGACUGCAGCCUGACUGACACCACAAAGCUUGCCAGAUCUGUUUCUUUGGUCCAGAGUCUGUUACAUCAUAAAGACCAUGUCAAUGUCUUCAAAGAUUUCAAAGUCACAUGUCAAAGCCUCUACUUAUCCCAAAUGUACUUCAGCCAUCUCUGCCAGCAUCACAUGCUUCCUGAAGCACUAUAGGAGCCCGUAGUUUUAUUCUUCCAUUUAAUAUCGACAUGGCUUACUUCCUUGAACCAUAUCUAGUUGCUGUGACUUGUAAUAGUUUGCUAGCAGUUCUCUCUGUCACCCGAUGGUUGGCGAGUACUGCACUUAACCCAAAGUCGUAGUGAACCAAGCUCUAAAGUCUAAAAGAGUGAGAUGUUUGUGGCAGCAGAUCUGAGGAGCAGGUUUCCCUUGACUGUCAAGAGAUAGCCAGCCUGCACUUGGAGUCCCCGGAGGAAUGACAGAGUUUCUUCCCCUCGGGUCAAACACCGACGCUCAGAAAAAUGCAGCGGGCUAUUGGACAUGUGGUUCUGAUUCUGGUGUCCCUGAUCGCCUGGCGUACCACCGAGGCCUCCUCGGGAGACUCGCCUCUAAACCGCACUGAGAACAGCACCGGCAGCGAUGGUUUCCUCCCGGUGGUCUUCACCACGGUCAGUCAGUUGAUCGCCCGAGAGGGAAGCUGCGUGCUGAUCGACUGCAAUGUCACCGGAGAGCCCUUCCCCAGCGUGACCUGGUUCAACUCCCACGGAGAGCGCUUGGACACGGACACCCACGGAGGGAGGUGGUGGCUCCUGGACAAUGGCGUCCUGAACAUCUCUGGCAUCGAGUUUGCGGAUCGUGGCAAGUACACGUGCAUGGCCUCAAACGUGCACGGCAGCUCCAACUGCACCGUCACACUCCGAGUGGUCUUCACCAACGGGGACAUGGGCGUGUACUACAUGGUGGUGUGUCUGGUCACCUUCACCAUCAUCAUGGCGCUGAACGUCACGCGCCUCUGCAUGAUGAGCAGCCACCUGAAGAAGACAGAGAAAGCCAUCAACGAGUUCUUCCGCACCGAAGGCGCCGAGAAGCUGCAGAAAGCCUUUGAGAUCGCCAAGAGGAUCCCCAUCAUCACCUCGGCCAAGACGCUGGAGCUGGCCAAGGUCACACAGUUCAAGACCAUGGAGUUUGCCCGCUACAUCGAGGAGCUGGCCCGCAGCAUCCCGCUGCCGCCGCUCAUCAUGAACUGCCGCACCUUCAUGGAGGAGAUCCUGGAGGUGGUGGGGGUGGAGGAGAUGAGGCACACCUUCCUGCGACAAGCACUGGAGGGGAGCCGCGAGGUUGCGGGGCGAGUGGCCGCCAUUGGCGCCAGGGAUGUGUUCACCAUCCUGCCGGAGAGGGAGAGCGCCCGGGAGAGGGAGCGCAGCGAGUCGCCCACUGCCGACUCCGACAACUCCUCGCUGCAUGAUCAGCCGCAGCACAUCAACAUCCAGGUGUCGGUGCAUCCGCCGCUGGCCGACCAAGGCUGCCCUGCCAUCGACGCCCCCUCUGAGGCCACGCCCCAGGAGCCGCCGGACGCCCAGUCGCAGCAGAGUGCUGACAUUUUGAGCGAGGCCCCGCCCCCCUGUCAGGUGAUGUACGAGAGCCACGUGUGACCACCAGGAGCCCCUCUAAUAAGAGUUUUCUGCUAUGCAUCUUCACGCCUGACGGCAAGAGACAUCUGGGUUCUGGUGGGAGACGAAACAAUCACAUUUGUAAACAAUCAUUUUUAGCUCAUUCACGUUCAGGCUCGAAUGUAUCCUCACACUAAUGUAAGCAGAGAAUUGUACGUUGACUUGGACUGGUCGACGGGUUCAAUUAUGGAACACAUCCGUUUUUAGUUUCUUACUGAUUUUUUUAAGACAAACUCAAGUAAUCUGCCUCAGACUGCAACCGGUCAUAACAGCAGGAGAAGAGCGAGCGGGACCAGGGACGCAUGCUGGACUUGAACCUCCGUGUGGAUCCACAGACCACCUGUACCUUUCGCUCAUAAUCUUCAUAAGUUGUUUUAUUUAAGCCGUGUGGUUUGGUUCCUCAUGACGACGUCCACGGGUCCGUUCCUCCUCCUUCCCAUCUCUCUACCCCGCUUCUGGCGCCGCUCUGUGCGAGCCCUCUGCUGCAUGUGCGAGCGAGCAGUCUGUCCUCAAGACGCUGCUCUGCUUUUACUGGUGCUCAUAAGAUGCCUCUUUUGUAGUGAAUAAAAUGGAAGUGCAGUGGACAGAAGAGACGUGACUCAUGAUUACUGAGGGUGACCGGAUUAGAGAACCUUCUGCUGUCACAUGUUCUUGCUUGACAGGCAGAUAAAUAAUGGAUGUGCUGUAAUGGAAACACACAGAUGGAAACGUAAGACGACUCACACCUCUGACAGACACCUACUUUAGGAGGUGGGAGACCGUGUCAUCAACCUAGUGGUUUCUGUUGUGACUCUGCAGCAUCUGAGGUCCAGCAGGAGAUGAAGUCCAGCUUGAUGUUCUGAUAAAUUCUUCGAAAUGUCUUUUCCACCUGAUCUUUGCGGGUUCUGCUGGUAUCAGCGCACUAAUCUCGGGUUCAGUCAGAGCUAAGGCUGCGGGAUGUCUUCCUGUUUGUCCUGCUGCAGUGUGCGCUGGAGAACAUGGUCCUCACCCCGCUACUAUCAGCGCUGUUGUCUGAUAACACCACUGGACACAAAUAUUCCAUGAGGGAACAUGAGCAGCUUUGAACUGAACACGACCAGAAUGUAACAGUGAGGAUGCUGUUCAAGUCGGUAGGUGAAGGUCAAUGUUGGAUGAGGACACUCCGGUGUGAGGCAGGGUUGAUGUGAAGCAGAGAAUAAGAGGCACAGGUGACUGAGUGGGCAGAGCAGAUAGCAGAAUAUAUAGUGACUUUGGGAACGUGUCCCAUGGUAGUCCAGGGUGCUCAGCUCUCAGUGAUCACUUGGACCUCAGGUGCUGCAGUAUGCGAUGCUAAUCUGAACGUGGAAACUCAUGCAGCCACAGGAGCUGGGGAGAAGAAAGCCUGAAGAUGCACACGUAAAUGUGAGCCAGAAUCACUGAAAAGAAUCUUUUUAUCACCAAGUGCCCCUGAAUUGGUAGCAAAGGAAGUUGAGCAGUGACCCUCAAGGGACACCAUCGAUGACUGCAUCUCCACCGCCUGGGCUCAUGCGAGAAAAAAUAAAGAAGCACCAAGUCCUCCAGAAAUUCCCUCUUAACUUAAACAAAUUCUGAUGUGAACAUGUGACAUCAUAAAUUUGAAGUUGAACAACAAAAUCUGUGAGUUUACAAAGUAGCCACUUUUAUUCCCCCCCUUUGUUUUCAUGAGAACUACCAUGAAUACUGACCGGUUUUUAAAUAUUGAACCCCUUGAAUGCCCCUUUGAUAAUUCUUUCUUUCUUCCAUAAAUCAUUUGUUGUAUGGCAGGGAAACACAAAAAAAAAGAUUUUAAAGAGAUCAAUAAUUAUAAUAAAUAAUAAAACAAUAACCUACGGGGUCUCAAAGUGGUCCUCAAAGGGCCGCAGGUUUUUGUUCCAACCAAACAAGGGCACAUUGGUUAACCUAUCAGGCAGCACCAGACGGUCAAGCGACUGAUAAUAGUCUUGUACAGCCCUUCUGUGGACCAGUGUGAGAGCCCUGGUACACCUGGUCAUUGUUUCAUUGGGAGUGACCUGGAAGAUAAAUCUGAGGAGUGGCAGCUCAGGAGGAGAUGUUUGGGGACAAAGUGACGCAGACCAACAACAUCAACUCAGAGAUAGAUAGAUAGCCGUGCAGCAUCAUGUUAUGUUCAUGAGACAAGUCUUCAGGAUAAUAAGUCACCAUCUUAUCAAAUAUUAAUUCUCCAGCCUGGCCUGUUAUUUAUUCACUAUAUUUGCAUAUAUUCAGCUCAUGAUCUGGCAGUUGCAAAAACAAGCGAGCCACUUCUGUGCAGCAGAACGACCAAGUGCUGAAGGAGGAUGUGACCACAUCAGGUUUUGUUGAGACAAGUGAACCAACAAUGAA